GUGAAAGAAAAGAAGGGAAGAUCGGGGAAAGGACAAGAGACUGGAGGAGUUAAUUUAUCGCUGUCCUCUACACAAAGCCCUCGGACAAAAAAAAAAUAAAAUAAAAAAUAUAAAAAAAAGGAGCUGAGCUCGUUAUAUUUCGAAAAUCUCUGCCUUGAUUCUUUAAUCAUCAUCGAUUAUAAGUUGAGGAUCGACUAAGCAGCAAUGGCCCAGGAGACCAAUCAGAGCCCGGUUCCCAUCCUGUGCACCAUGGGCUGCGGUUUCUACGGCAACCCCAGGACUAAUGGCAUGUGCUCUGUGUGCUACAAGGAGCACCUGAGUCGACAGCAGAGCAGCGAUCGCAGCCCAGUGAGCCCUCUGGCAGGCAGUCCUUCAUCGGAGACGUCGGCCAUGCAGAGAUUAGAAGGCAGCCUAAACAAAGCGGAGGCGACCUGCGCGGAAUCACCGUCAGAAGGCAUGUCUGCCGCAGCCUCCCUGCCUGUCACACAACAGAUGACGGAGAUGAGCAUUUCCAGAGAGGAGAAGAGCCUGUCUCCUACAUCGAACAAUGCGGAAGCAGUCGUUAGCCAGCCCACUUCCUCCUGCUCGCCUCUCAGUGAUGUGGCGAAGAGUCCAGACUCCGGAAAACCCAAAAAGAACCGCUGCUUCACCUGCCGCAAGAGGGUCGGCCUCACAGGCUUUGACUGUAGAUGCGGCCAGCUCUUCUGCGGCAUCCAUCGCUACUCGGACAAACACAACUGCACAUACGACUACAAAGCCGAGGCGGCCGCCAAAAUCCGCAAAGAAAACCCUGUGGUGGUGGCCGACAAGAUCCAGAGAAUAUAAAGCAAAGCAUAAAGCAUGGAAAGAGAAGAAGUAUUGAGCUAAAUCGGAUAACGGAUAACGGAUAAACAGACUUGUGUUUUUCUAUUACGAGAAAGAAGGCGGAGGGGAAAAACAACCGUGCUGUGUGACGCCCAUGCAUUAAUUACCGUUUGGUUCUAGGUAUUAAUUUUGUUUUUUUUUUUUUUCGACGCUCUCGCCUGCUGUGCCAGCUCUUUGCCAUAGUUUUGUUUUGAUUUGUAGAUCAAGGUGCCGUUUCAGGGAACCGUUAAUCCUAUUUUUCAUUUAGGUAUGAGCUUUGGUCGCUUAAAUGACUUCCUUGCUCUUUCUUUCAGCUCCUGAUUAGGUUUAAGAUAGAAGUAAAAACGCCUAAAAAUGACUCGAUUGCAUCAAAAAGAGAAAACUGAGGCUACAUCUUGUGUUCACGGGAUCAUUUCAAGAUACCGAUCCAGCAUUGCAAUCUUAUCAUUUUAUAUACUAUCAAGCUGAUAUUGAUACUAAGUAUUGGAUCGUUGCUUUCCUAGAAAUCGCAUGGUUUGCCAAAACGAGGUUGUGCAAUUUAGCGUUGUGAGCAGGAUUUUCUCAAACUCUUAGGGUUUUUUUUUUUUUUUUUUUUUUUUUUUUGGCACGUUGUUCUGCAACUGUUUUCUUCCAGUCAGGAUUAGUAGACAAUUUUAUAUCUUAUUUUCUUCCUUGAUGUUCCACUCAAGCCUAUUCAGUAAAGGUCAAACAGAUAGAUUUUCCACCUAGGCUGCCUGUCGGUCAUCAAUCAUUCAUCUUUUUUCCCCCAUGACAGUUUCAUAAUGUGAACAUACUACUGUGACCCACUGGUGGAUGUUGAUCCGAAGGCGUCAGUGUUGUCGUUCUCGCUUCUUUCACAGCACACGAGCUCACAGCCGUGCGGCCAUUAUUAUAACAGAUACUAUGGGGUUGUGUUUGUUGUUUUAUCAUUCGAGUGCAGUUAUUUAGGCAUUUAUUUGGUGUUUGUGAAUGUGUGUACGUGAGAGAGAGAAUGUGUGAGAGAGAGAGAGAAGCAAUCCUUUCUGAGUCAGUUACGUUUGGACGUUUGAAGCUCGACAAAAGGAUCAGUGUUUUGUUAAAUGUGAGUGUGAGCGCUGCCACCCAUAACUGAGCUUCUCUUUCCGUGUGUGUGUGUGUGUAUGUGUGUGUGUGUGUGUAUAUGAGUGUGUGUGUGUUUUCUCUAAUGGCUCCGGGAGUGACAAAACCGUAUGUAUCUGUUUUGAGUUUUAAUUUCAGCUAUUAGUUAUAUGCAAAUUUGUACAAAAGAAAACCUGUUCAUAUUUAUGUAUUGCAUUUAAUCCUUUUACUUGCCAUUAAUGCAAAAAAUAGUAUUGUAAAUAAAAAUGUACAGAAUAAAAAACCCCACUACACUGUC